AUGGCUAUUUUGGGAAGGCAACAUACUGCAUUUCCGGGCGACUUCCCAGUUGUUUUCAUACUCUCGCGAGUGUUCAAUGGUUCUCAUGCUUCACAACAGCUGUCCUUUACCGUCCCUUUGUGCGACACCUGUUCUUUUGCUUUCUUUGGGAUGGAAUUUGGGUUCUUCUCUGAUCGGUGGUUCUGUUCUUGUCUGAAGUUUUGUUUGUUGCUUCGCUCGGUGGUUGCAGUGUUUGUGUUGUUGUGGCGUGUUGUCUCUAUUUGUGCUUGUGUUCCCUCAUUUAACAUUUUGGUUUGCAUUAGUAUGGAGGUUGGGGAGAGCAGUAAGAUAAAUAGGUCUAAGCGGAGGAAUUUGGUGAACAAGUAUUUGGCUAAGAGGAGAAAGAUAUCUACUCUGAGUUCCGUCCCUGGUGUUCACAAUAACUCUGACUUAGUCUCUGACAUAGCAACUAAUGACCAAAAACUUGAUUAUGUUGCUGACAAUGACAGUGUUGUUCACUCUGGCAGCGAAGUUAGUAGAAUUUUGAAUCUUGGCUUGCCAGACUUAACAUGCCAAUUUUGUGGUGCUAUAUUUUGGUAUGCAGAGCGUGUUAAAUCUAAUUCUAUGCGUAGGCCAGUUUAUAAUACAUGUUGUCGAGGAGGUAAAAUAAAUUUGCCAUUGUUAAGAUCAACACCUUUGUUGCUUGAUGAAUUAUUAGAUUGCGAAGGGCCACCACGUAGCAAGAAAUUUCAAAAAUAUAUUAGAAUUUAUAAUUCGAUGUUUGCGUUUACCUCUCUUGGUGGAAAGAUUGAUCGAACCACAAAUGAUUCUCAAGGACCUUUUGUUUUUAAGCUUGGUGGGCAAAGUUAUCAUCGAAUUGGAUCUCUGCUUCCUAUAGAUGGUGAAGCGCCAAAGUUUGCUCAGUUGUACAUACACGAUACUGACCAUGAAGUUUUUAAUAGGAUGAUGUCUGUUAGUUCUAAUGAUAAUAAUUCUAUAGAUGGAGAAAUUGUUGGGGAGUUAAUAUGUAUGCUUGAUGAAAUUAAUGAAAUUGCAAAGGCAUUUAGAAUGGCGAGGGAUAGAUUUUUGGAGACUAAUAUUAGGCCUAUAAAGUUAAGAUUGUGUGCAAAGAGAAGUGGUGAUGGUCCUGAGUAUAAUGCCCCUGUUUCUUCAGAGAUUGUCGGAUUGAUAGUUGGUGAUUUUGGAGAUGGUUCGGAGCAUAGAGAUAUAAUUAUUGAGGAUAAAAUUGAAGGAUUGAAACGCAUUAGUGAGUCACAUCCAAGUUUUAUGUCAAUGCAAUACCCUUUGUUAUUCCCGUAUGGUGAGGAUGGUUAUUUGAGAGGUUUUAGGUAUGAAGGUGUGUUGUCUGGGAGAACUACAGAGAGAACAUGCAUGACUAUGAGAGAAUAUUAUGCAUUUAGACUCCAACAGAGGCAUCAUGAAGGGAAAACACUUAUUAGAGGAGGGAAGUUAUUUCAACAGUAUAUAGUUGAUGCAUUUUCAUGUGUAGAGGAGGAAAGGUUGCAUUUUAUUCGAUAUAAUCAAAAGAAGUUGAGGACAGAGAAAUACCAAGGUGUGUGUGAUGCUUAUGCAAGUGGAAAUGCUGAUGGAGGUGACAUUGGAAAACAAAUUCUAUUGCCAUCAACUUUUACUGGGGGGCCCCGUUAUAUGAUGCAAAACUAUCAUGAUGCUAUGGCAAUAUGUAAAUUUUAUGGAUACCCGGACUUUUUUAUCACAUUUACCUGUAACUCUAAAUGGCCUGAGAUCACUAAUGCAUUACGACUUAUUCCUGGACAAAAAAUUGAAGAUAGACCAGAUAUUAUUACAAGGGUGUUUAAGAUGAAGCUUGAUUGUUUUCUCUCUGAUAUUCGAUCUGGCAAAUAUGUUGGUGAGGUUAUUGCUGUUGUUUACACUAUUGAGUUUCAAAAGCGAGGAUUACCCCAUGUUCAUAUGGUUGUUUGGUGUCAUUCAAGUAAUAAGUGUCAAUUUCCCACUGACAUAGAUAGAUUCAUUUCAGCUGAGAUCCCAGAUGAAUCAACUGAGCCUUUGUUAUUUGAUACAGUCAAAAGGUUUAUGGUUCAUGGUCCUUGUGGUGUGGCUAGACCUUCAUCAUCGUGUAUGUCUGAUGGACGAUGCACCAAGCAUUAUCCAAAGUUUUUUCAUCAGGAAACAACGAUUGAUGAAAAUGGUUUUGCUUUGUAUAGGCGUCGUGAUGAUGGAAAAACAAUAUUCAAAAAUGGACAUGCAUUGGAUAACAGAUUUAUUGUUCCAUAUAACAAGGAUUUGUUGCUUCGAUAUCAAGCUCAUGUUAAUAUUGAGUGGUGUAAUAAAUCUACAGCUAUUAAGUAUCUUUUUAAGUAUAUAAAUAAGGGACCAGAUAGAAGCAGAGCAGUGUUGGAAGAGGAUGUUUUGCAGAAUGCACCAGCGGGAGAAAGAGGAACAUGCAUGGUUAUUGAUGAAAUAAAGCAGUAUGUGGAUUGCAGAUAUUUGGCAGCGUAUGAAUCAGUUUGGCGCCUUUUUGAAUACCAUAUUCAUUUUAGACAUCCAUCUGUUGAGCGGUUACCAAUUCACCUACCUUUUCAGCAGAAUAUUUACUAUGAUGAUCAUAGAAGUUUGUCAAGCAUAAUUCAACAACCAGAUGUUGAGAAGACAAUGUUUACGGAGUGGAUGCGUACGAACUCUUGGAGUGAAUCAGCAAAGAACCUUACUUAUAGUUCAUUUCCUUCAGAAUGGGUUUGGAAUGCUAAAUAUAAGGAGUGGACUCCAAGACAGCGAGGGCAAUCAAUUGGUAGAAUGUUUUAUGUACAUCCAAAUUCGGGUGAAUUAUACUAUCUUCGUUUGUUGCUAAAUGUGCAGAAAGGUCCUACAAGUUAUGUGGAUAUUAGAACGGUUGCAGGAUUUGUUCAUUCGACAUUUCAAUCCGCUUGCAUGGCACUUGUGUUGCUUGGUAAUGACAAAGAAUGGCAUGAUGCAUUGGAUGAAGCAUAUGUGUUUGCAACUGGGUCACAACUAAGGCAACUUUUUGUUACGUUGAUUCUUUUCUGUCAUGUAAGUGACCCAUUAAAUCUAUGGGACAAACAUUGGAUGAACUUUCAAGAUGACAUACUAUAUAAGCUGAGACACCAAUUAAAUUUGCCUUAUUUGAAUGUAUCGGAUAUUCAGCUAAAAAACCACAUACUAUUUGAGCUAGAAAUGUUGUUCAAUAAAUCAGGGAGUUCUCUUGCUGAACAUGAACUGCCUAUGCCGAAUGGACAACUCCUUGAUGAAUUAAAUAAUCGACUCCUCAGAGAAGAGAUGAAUUAUGAUAUUAAUCAGCUAAGACAUGAAUGUAGAAAUAUGGGGAGACAAUUAAAUGAGGAACAAAGAGUGAUUUAUGAUGUGAUAAUAGAUAAAGUCAAUAAGCAGGAAAGUGGUUUAUAUUUUGUGUAUGGGCAUGGAGGAACUGGGAAAACUUUUCUAUACCAGACUAUAAUUGCAACUGUUAGAUCUACUGGAAGAAUCGUCCUAGCAGUUGCUUCAUCUGGAAUAGCCUCUCUUUUACUGCCGGGAGGUCGUACUGCGCACUCAAGAUUCAAAAUCCCUUUGCAAAUUGAUGACCAAUCAACAUGCCAUAUUAAAAAAGGUACUCAACUGGCAAAGUUAAUAGCGAAGGCAAGUCUUAUUGUUUGGGAUGAAGCACCGAUGAUGCAUAGGCAUUGUUUUGAGGUUGUCGAUAGAACAUUACAAGACAUACUUAACAUCAAUGACAAUGAAGAGAAUUGUGAACCAUUUGGGGGGAAAACAGUUUUAUUAGGAGGUGAUUUUCGACAAAUUUUACCCGUGGUUGUUAAUGGAACAAGAUAUGAUACUGUUAAUGCAUCAAUAACAAAAUCACGCUUGUGGAAACAUUGUAAAGUUUUCUCCCUCAAGCAAAAUAUGCGACUCCAAGCUACUGGACUUACUGUUGAUGAAAGAACUUCUAUGGCGGUGUUUGCACAAUGGAUUUUAGAUGUAGGAGAUGGCCAAGUUCCUUAUGUUUCCAUAGAAGAUGGUGAGGAAGAACCAAGUUGGAUUAGAAUACCUGAUGAACUUCUGCUUAAAUCUAAUGGUGACUUGCUUGAUUCCAUUAUCGCAGAGAUUUAUGAUAACUUGGAAAACUCAUAUAAUAACACCGAGUAUUUAAAUGAGAGAGCUAUAAUUACUGGCACAAAUGACAUCGUUGCUAUGAUUAAUACUCGUGUGUUGGCUCUUCUUCGAACAGACGAAAGAACCUACUAUAGUUUUGAUUCAGUGUGUAAAACCUCAGAGAAUUCUGUUAUAUCAGAUAUGCUCUACACAACUGAAAUCUUGAAUUCAAUGACAUUUAAUGGAAUUCCGAACCAUGAAUUAACUCUCAAAAAGUAUGCUCCAAUUAUGUUGCUUCGGAAUUUGAAUCAAGUUGAUGGUUUAUGCAAUGGAACAAGAUUACUCAUCACUCACCUUGGUGAUAAAGUUAUUGAAGCAAAAGUGCUGAGUGGUAGUAAUGUUGGUGACAAUGUAUGCAUUCCCAGAAUAAUUAUGGAUGGAAAGGAUCACAAAUAUCCAUUUAUUCUAAAGAGAAGGCAAUUUCCAGUAAGAUUAUGUUAUGCUAUGACUAUUAACAAGAGCCAAGGACAGACUCUAAAGAAGGUUGGCUUAUAUCUGCCAAAACCUAUUUUUACACAUGGCCAAUUCUAUGUCGCAAUAUCACGUGUUACUUCAAAGAAAGGUUUGAAAAUUGUGUUGGAUGAUCAUAGUGAGAAAACAAAGCAAUACACAAGAAAUAUUGUCUAUCAUGAAAUUUUUGAUGAAUUAGCUGCAGGUUAA